UCGAUUAUUUAUAUUUUUUAAAAAAAUUUUAAAUAUUUUAAUCAAUUAUUUGUAUAGUUGCGUAUAAUUACGUCAUAUUUGCCAAAAAAUAGCUUCAAAAAUUGAAAUAAGAUGAUAGCGUUGCAGAGAUCGUCCUCAUUUUUAGCCGGCAGCCUGGUCAAAAAAUUCCCGAAAAGUUACUUCAUCGAGGUAUUCAACCAUUCUAAAUGCAACAAAAUUCAAGUUAGAAAAUGCCUUGAAUCUCGAAAAGUCGACCUGACAGGAGCGAAGCAGGUCUAUAUGUUUGAUACUCAUCUUCUAAUAAAAAGUCUUCAGGAUAGUGGCAUAGCCCCAAAUCAGGCAGAGACAUUGGCGUAUUCUCUAGUGCAGAUAACACAAGGACACAUGGAUUUUGUUAAUAAAAAUUUAAUAACCAAAGAACAGCAAGAAAUUCUCCUGCAGCAAAUACUCUCGCACAUAAGUUCAAUUAAAAAGGACAUGAUCAUUUUGGAGAAAAGUGAAUUCUCGAAUUUGAAACACGAAUAUGAGAAACAAAAUAUAGAGAUAGAGCAGAUGAAGAGACAUUUCAAAGAUGAGAUCAACAAUUUGAAAUCUGGGGUUGCCCUCGAUAUGAACCUCGAGAAAUCCCGGGCUAAAGAUGCUCACGCAGAAAGUGAAAAGGCCUUGACGAAACUGGAAAACAGGAUAGGGAUAAUGUCGUCGGAGCACGACAAGCACAUCUCUGGCAUGGACAACAAGAUUGAGAAGGAGAUCGCCAACCUACUGGCCACCUACGAACGCUACAGAAAUGACGUCAUCAAAUACGCUGCAGGUGCUGUAAUGACUUGCUUAACAAUAUGUCUUGGCUUCUACAGACUUUGGUCAUAGUGUGUGUGGAUAUGUGUGUGUGUAUAUUGCGUGCGUUUAUAGUUUGGGAUCAAAUGAAUUUUUUAUUUUUAGAUAAUUUUUCAGAUGAAAAAAUAAUUUUCUCAUCUAAUAUUAAAAUCAUAAUAGAAUAAAAUUUAAUUAGCGCAUAUUCAGUAGCUUGGCUAGAAUUUUUCUGUUGCGUGGGCUUGAGUUAUUUUAAAAAAACAUUUACAGUCACUUUUUUUAUAAAAAGUUUACCGUAUUCCACGUUUUUAUAUUGAUUUUUCUUAUUGAAAACAGCAUUAUCUUUUGUUCAAGGUUGACAAAUUCUACUUUUCGAAUGGCUUGGGGGUAGGGGUUUCUAGGAAAACAAAUUGGCGACCAUUCCUUCAACAUUUUUUCAUACUAUUUUCAUUUUCGAAAGUUUUUUUUACUAAAGUUUGAAAAAAUUCACCGUUUUUAUGUAGAAAAACUAAAAUAGUUUAACACCGGAUUUUGAAAAUUAUUGAUUUUGUAAAAUUAUUUCUUAUUCUUGAUCAAAAAGCACCGAUUGUUGCAGUAGGCUGGUCAGAUUAAAACCCUCCACUCUGGCUGUCCCUUUGUAUUAAGGGUAAAUUUUUAUUAAAAUAUGUUGUUGGUAUAAUAGAAUUCAACAAGUGAACACAAGGACUUCAAGUGAGACAACUACAAGUUUGUCACUUGUUGAAUAUCACCACAUUUCAACUACUACAAAAUGUUAAAGAUCGGGUUUUGUGGAGGUCGAUGGUCGCCAAUGUCCUGAGAGGGUAAAGCACGAGAAAGAAGAUAAUAGAAUAAUUUUUAUAUAACUACUUUGAUCAGUUAGAUUAGAUAUUUUUCCUAAUUACAUUUUGAUAUAUUGUUUUAUUUUUAUGGCAACAAAUAACUUUAAAUUU